CCGAGGAGGCGAAUCGAGCAUGGCUGGGUCAGGCUCUGGGCUGUCGAGGCAGAUCAGCAAGAUUAGCAAGAUUAGCAAAUUAUACCGACAAGAGUGUGAUAGUUCCCCCUUUGCCUAGGCGACCGCCAGGGGAGUAGCCGGGGUCUGGGGUCGGUCUGGGGUUCUCGAUAUGGCGUGCACAUGGGUGUUGACAACGCUAGCUGCAGGGGCCGACGGCACUGCACUGCAUCAGCUGCGCUGCCUGACCCGCAGUGCCCGCCUGACAUCAUACACCGAGACAUGUCACAGGACGCCGCGAACAGGCCCACCGGCAGGGAGGCCGUCUCCGCUGGCGCCUGUCGAGAGCGGCGAGCCAUCAAAACCAGGCGAGGCCCGCCUCCGUCUUCGCUCUGCCUGUCAGUCUUCUUCCAAUCCCCAUCAGACCUCGGCGCCGGGGCAUCACCAAGCCCGCGCUUCUUACCCGUACCUCACCCGCAACCAGAAUAGGUGGUAGUUGUGGUUGUGAUUCCUCGACAGCCGCUGGCGACCUCGUCGAGAUGCCUUCGUCCAAAACCCCCCUCCUCGCCGACUCGCGCCGCUCGGCCGACUCGGCCCGCUCCGAUCGUCUUGCCGAUGAGGAAGACGCCGCGCUCCACCGCUCCAUCCACUCAUACCCACGCGAGAAUGCCGCGCCGUCCUGGCUGCCCUCCCGCGUGCGGGAGACGCUGCUGCUGGUUUGGGCCCUGCUAGCCACGGCUGCCGUCAUUGUGCUGGCCGUCUGGAUGCAGCACCACCAGCAGACCUCGAGUGGCACCUCGCACGCCGCCUCCGCUCAGAAACCGGCCAAGCGGAACUUGAUCUUUAUGGUGUCGGAUGGCAUGGGCCCGGCGUCCCUGUCCCUCACCCGCAGUUUCCGCCAACAUGUUGAGGGUCUCCCCAUCGACGACGUCCUGACCCUGGAUCGCCACUUCUGGGGCUCCAGCCGCACCCGCUCGAGCAACAGCCUGGUCACCGACUCCGCCGCCGGCGCCACCGCCUUCUCCUGCGGCCUCAAGAGCUACAACGGCGCCAUCUCGACCCUCCCCGACCACAACCCCUGUGGCACCGUGCUAGAGGCCGCCAAGCGCGCCGGCUACCACACCGGCCUCGUCGUUACCACCGACGUUACCGAUGCCACCCCGGCCUGCUUCGCCUCUCAUGUUGAUAUGCGCAUGCAAAAUGACGAGAUCGCUGUCCAGGAGGUCGGCGACGGUCCUCUCGGUCGCGUGGUUGACAUUAUUCUUGGCGGUGGUCGCUGCCACUUCCUGCCCAACACGACCGAGGGCAGUUGCCGCGCUGACAACGUCGACGUGGCCAGCCUCGCCCAGAAGAAGCACGGCUGGAACUACGUUGAUAGCCGCAGCGGCUUUGACUCGCUCAAGGGCGGCGAGGACGUGCAGAUCCCCACCCUCGGCCUGUUCGCCUCGACCGACAUCCCGUUCGAGAUCGACCGCCGCAACCAGGCCGACAUCUACCCGAGCCUCAGCGAGAUGGCCCGCGUGGCCCUGCGCGCCCUCGAGAAGGCCACGGCCGACAGCGACAAGGGCUUCUUCCUCAUGAUCGAGGGCAGCAGGAUCGACCACGCCGGUCACAUCAACGACCCCGCCGCCCAGGUCCGCGAGGUGCUCGAGUACGACCGCACCUUCAAGGCCGUCCUCGACUUCAUCGACGCCAGCGACACCGAGGGCGUGCUGGUGGCCACCAGCGACCACGAAACGGGCGGCCUCUCCACCGCCGUCCAGGAGCCCGGCCACCUGCCCGUCUACGCCUGGUACCCGGAGGCCCUCAAGCGCGCCAGCGCCUCGGCCGAGCACCUCACGCGCCUGCUGAACCAGCACCUCGCCACUGCCGACGAGACGGCCCGCCAGCGAGAUAACCUGCGCCAGUGGAUCAACGGCACCCUCGUCCAGGGCGGCCUGGGAAUCACCAACGCCGCCGACGACGAGCUGAACCAGCUCGUCGCCCACCCGGAGAACGCGCUCGUCAUCUUCUCGCAGAUGAUCAGCCUCCGCGCCCACGUCGGCUGGGCUACCCACGGCCACUCGGCCGUCGACGUCAACGUCUACAGCUCGGGCGGCCCCAGCACCGAGAAGAUUAGGGGCAACGUCGAGAACACCGACAUCGGGAGGUUCCUCGCAAAGUACCUCGACGUCCAGGACGGCGUGAAGAAGGUCACAAAGGAGCUCAAAGAAAGCCGCGCUGCCUCGGCGGGCUCGCGUCAGGAGCCUGCUAGUCCGCAACCGGCCGGCUACGAGGCCGCUGGUCAUCCUAUGGAUUGGGCUUUGGCGACCAAGCCGUAAAGAUUUUGGCCGACUUUUAUAUCUGGAUAUAUGUGGUCAGGCGUUCAUUUACCAUCUUGUUCCAUGUUAUGUGAUUUUGCCUGAUUUUGAAUAUGCGUAGCUAUAACACGUCUCUUGCAUCAACCUUUGGAGCACCUAAACAACUUUGUGGCUUGUUUGCAUUGCGACUCCCGUCUUUCCAAUUUAGUGCUACGAAUAACAGACUAUAAAACAUUUACAUCGAAACGAUGCAGGUUAUCGCGGCGAAAAUACAACCCAGCCCAGUCAAACCAAUACAUCCUGUCCUCGUCCCUUAUGUCCUCGAUGUCCCCCAUGUCAGGCAUGUCCUCAAUGUUGAAACCCUCACUGAGCACCUAUUAGCUAACGGAGAACGAC